GUCUGCCUCGCGCACUCGCUGAAAGGAAUUGGCGCCGUUCGAGUCCAGGCGGGUCCGCUCUGCAGCACGAACCCUCCCUCCUCAGCCGCCGCCGCCGCCGCCGCCCGGGGGGCCGAAGAUCAUCAGCAGCCGCCGCCGCCGCGGGAGCGGAGCCGAGUCUCAGUCAGCGCCGAGCGGUGAACCGGGGCCCUCACGAUGAGUUCCUCGCCCGUGAACGUGAAGAAGCUGAAGGUGUCGGAGCUGAAGGAGGAGCUGAAGAAGCGGCGCCUCUCCGAUAAGGGCCUCAAGGCCGAGCUCAUGGAGCGCCUCCAGGCCGCGCUGGACGACGAGGAGGCCGUCGGCGGCCGGCCCGCCCUGGAGCCCGGCAACGGCAGCCUGGAGCUGGGCGGGGACCCCGCCGGCCGCCCGCACGCGCAGUCCGCCGGAGCGGGCCUCGAGCGGGAGGCCGCCGCCAUGGCCGACGACGACGACGACGACGAGGAGGAGGAGGAGGAGGAGGGCAUCGCCGCCCUGGACGGCGACCAGAUGGAGCUGGGGGAGGAGAACGGGGCCGCGGGGGGCGCCGACUCGGGCCCCAUGGAAGAGGAGGAGGCGGGCGGCUCCUCCGAGGACGAGAACGGGGACGACCAGGGCUUCCAGGAAGGAGAGGACGAGCUCGGGGACGAGGAGGAGGAGGCGGCCGCGGCGGCCGACGAGAACGGACACGGGGAGCAGCGGGAGCAGCAGCAGCAGCAGCAGGCCCAGGCGGCGUCGACGCCACAGCCCACGCCGCCGCCGCCACAGCAGCAACAACAGCAGCAGCAGCAGCAGGCGCCGCCAUCGUCCCAGCCGCAGCCCCCGCAGCCGCAGCCGCGCGGCGGGGCCGCCAAGGAGCCCGCGGGCAAGAGCGGCGGCCCCACCUCGCUGUUCGCCGUGACCGUGGUGCCGCCCUCCUCGGCCCGGCAGGCCCAGCAGCAGGCGGGGGGCAAGAAGAAGGCGGAAGGCGGUCGCCCCGGGGCCCCGGCGGCGGGAGAUGGCAAAACAGAGCAGAAAGGCGGAGACAAAAAGAGAGGCGUUAAGAGACCUCGCGAGGAUCACGGCCGCGGCUAUUUCGAGUACAUCGAAGAGAACAAAUACAGCAGAGCCAAGUCCCCCCAGCCACCGGUCGACGAGGAGGACGAGCACUUCGAUGACACGAUGGUUUGUCUGGAUACUUAUAAUUGUGAUCUGCAUUUUAAAAUCUCAAGAGACCGCCUCAGCGCUUCCUCUCUUACAAUGGAGAGUUUUGCCUUCCUUUGGGCUGGAGGAAGAGCUUCUUAUGGAGUUUCUAAAGGCAAAGUUUGCUUUGAGAUGAAGGUUACCGAAAAGAUUCCAGUGAAGCAUUUGUAUACAAAAGACAUUGACAUACAUGAAGUCCGGGUCGGCUGGUCUUUGACUACAAGUGGAAUGCUGCUUGGUGAGGAAGAAUUCUCUUAUGGCUAUUCUCUAAAAGGAAUUAAGACAUGCAAUUGUGAAACCGAAGACUUUGGAGACAAGUUUGAUGAAAAUGAUGUGAUUGCAUGCUUUGUUAACUUCGAGGGUGAGGAAGUGGAGCUCUCCUAUGCAAAGAAUGGACAAGACCUCGGUGUAGCAUUCAAAAUCAGCAAGGAGGUUCUGGCCGGUCGGGCUCUCUUCCCCCAUGUCCUGUGCCAUAACUGUGCAGUGGAGUUUAACUUUGGUCAGAAGGAGGAACCUUAUUUCCCGGUCCCCGAAGAAUAUACUUUUAUCCAGAAAGUUCCCGUAGAUGAUCGGAUCAGGGGGCCAAAGGGCCCCGAUGAGAAGAAGGACUGCGAGGUCGUGAUGAUGAUUGGUUUGCCAGGAGCUGGAAAGACUACCUGGGUUACCAAGCACGCAGCAGAGAAUCCUGGAAAAUAUAACAUCCUUGGAACAAAUACUAUCAUGGAUAAAAUGAUGGUGGCAGGCUUUAAAAGGCAGAUGGCUGAUACUGGAAAAUUGAACACCCUGUUGCAGAGAGCCCCACAAUGUCUUGGAAAAUUCAUUGAGAUAGCUGCUCGUAAGAAGCGGAACUUUAUCUUGGAUCAGACCAAUGUGUCUGCAGCUGCCCAAAGGAGAAAGAUGUGCCUGUUUGCAGGCUUCCAGCGCAAGGCUGUUGUUGUUUGCCCAAAAGACGAAGACUACAAGCAGAGAACACAGAAGAAGGCUGAAGUUGAGGGGAAGGAUCUCCCAGAGCAUGCAGUUCUCAAAAUGAAAGGGAACUUCACGCUGCCUGAGGUAGCUGAAUGCUUUGAUGAAAUAACCUAUGUAGAGCUGCAGAAAGAGGAAGCCCAGAAGCUUUUGGAGCAGUAUAAAGAAGAAAGUAAAAAAUCUCUGCCUCCGGAAAAGAAACAGAACACUGGCUCCAAGAAGAGCAACAAGAACAAGAGUGGGAAAAAUCAAUUUAACAGAGGUGGUGGCCACAGAGGGCGUGGUGGAUUCAAUAUGCGUGGAGGAAAUUUCAGAGGAGGUGCUCCUGGAAACCGUGGUGGCUACAAUAGACGAGGCAACAUGCCGCAGCGGGGUGGCGGCGGCGGAGGUGGAAGUGGUGGCGUCGGCUAUCCGUACCCUCGGGCUCCUGUCUAUCCCAGCAGAGGUGGCUAUUCCAACAGAGGGAACUACAACAGGGGUGGCAUGCCCAACAGGGGAAACUACAACCAGAACUUCAGAGGCCGAGGAAACAAUCGUGGCUACAAAAAUCAAUCUCAGGGCUACAACCAGUGGCAGCAGGGUCAAUUCUGGGGGCAGAAGCCAUGGAGUCAGCAUUAUCACCAAGGAUAUUAUUGAAUACCCAAAUAAAAACGAACUGAUACAUAUUUCUCCAAAACCUUCACAAGAAGUCGACUGUUUUCUUUAGUAGGCUAACUUUUUAAACAUUCCACAAGAGGAAGUGCCUGCGGGUUCCUUUUUUAGAAGCUUUGUGGGUUGAUUUUUUUUUCUUUUCUUUUUUGUACAUUUUUAAUUGCAGUUUUAAAGUGAAUCGUAAGAGAACCUCAGCAUUGUGCACGAUAAGAGAAUGUGUCAGUAUUUCAGGGUUCUACAUUUUAUCUGUAAGAUGUGACUUUUUUUUUUUUACCACAACAAAAGUAAAAUGUUGCUUUGUACCUGGUGUCUUUUAUUAAGGAUUUACUCCCCCCAUUUCUCACGGAGAAUAACAGUCGGGAGUCAUUGUCACAAUACAAUAGAAAUGUUAGCAACCGGAUUCAUGUAAGGGCUGCGGCCCUCAUGAAUUGCAUAAGACUAUGUACUGCUUAUAUUACACUCCAUCCUCUCUGUAGUUCUUGGUGGGUGGAGGAGGGGGAAACCAAGCAGUAGUUUCUGGCAAUAACUGGGAUGGCUUUUUAUAGCAAUGGGAUUGGCGUAGCUGAGGGGGGGAAUAAAGGGUGAAACUUGGAGCCAAAAUAGGGAAGAUGGAGUGUAUGUAGAAGGGCUCUUUAAAAUGUAAAAACUUGGUUGCAUUAUCUGUGGAGGCUCAAACUUGUGAAGGUUCAACACCAUAAUUUCUUUCCAUUUGUUCUGCAUUUUGAUUCUGAAAAGAAAGCUGGCUUUGCCCAUUUCUUAUUAAACAAAACUUGUUGUAAAUCCAGUUGUCUAAUGGGAUCUAUAUGAAGUUAGCUAUGUCUGUAUACCCUUUCUCCCACAAAAUACUGUAUACCUAGUGUGCUUGUAGUAGUUAACUCCACCAUCUUUGUAAGCUAAUGAAGUUGUGAGUCACCCAUUUAUUUCUAACUUUUAAUCAUGUCAGUUCUUGAAUGGGUAUCUCCUUAGCCUGCUGAUUUCUUUUUCUUUCUAAAGAAAGUGGGUGGAGAAAUUAAUUUAGACGUUUGUUUGCAAUAAAAUAAAACUCAUUUUA